GCUGGGGCCGCAGCGACCAGGCCAAGGCGCCCGCCAUUCCCAGUCAUUCCGCCCCAUGAGUCCGGCUGUCGGAGGGGGCGAGCGAGCCGCCCUCGGGGCAUAAGAUCCUCCCCGGUGCAGACCAACAUCCCCCGCCGCGCCUCCGCCCCGAGGUCUCGUUUGCCUCGCUCGUCCGUCGGACUGCGCCGGAGCGAGCGAUGCAGGGCCACGAAGGUAGCGGCAGAGCGCUGUGCUGCGCGCUGGCCGCCGUCGGGCUGCUGUCUGCGCUCAGCGCUGCGGGAACCGUCUUCCUCCUGGGCCAGUGGCGAGAGCUGAGCGCGGCGCUGCGGGCACUGCAGGAAGAAGCGGCGAUCGCGGCGCAGCUGCGCCAGCAGGACGGCCCGCCUAGUGCGCUGCGGCACCUCCUGGAGCCCAGCGCCCCGUUGGGCAGCGGACCCGGAGGAGGGGCAGCUGCGGCGGCGACAACGGCUGGCCGGAACAAGAGGAGCCACCGGCGGCGCGUCCUCGCCAAGGGCCACAUCCGCGCGGAGAACGACGACAUGCUCAUGAUGAUGACCUACUCCAUGGUGCCGGUCCGGGUGAUGGUCGAGAUCUGCAACAGCACGAGAGGAGUGUGCUUAACAGGUCCCCCCGGGGUUGAUGGAUUGCCUGGUUUUAAUGGAUCUGAUGGCAUUCCUGGCGUCCCCGGCCAGAAGGGAGAAACUGGAAAAAGAGGAAAACCAGGAUUUAAAGGAGAAGCAGGAGAGAGAGGCGAAAAGGGGGAUCCUGGUGAAAUCGGCUUGCCUGGGAAAGAGGGGGCACGAGGAGAAAAGGGAUCCAGGGGUGCCAGGGGCGACAAAGGAGACGCAAACAACGAAGUCAUUGCUGAAGGUGUGAAAGGUGAGCUGGGACCACCAGGACCCCCUGGUCCCCCAGGACCUCCAGGGCCACCUGGGAAGCGCAAAGCAAAAGCCCAGGUUCAGGAGAAAAUGUUCAGUGCUGAGUGCACAGGGGAGACCUGCGCUGUCCCAAAUGAUGAUACUCUGAUAGGAAAAGCAAAAGAAAGGGCGCACCUCUAUGAGCACAGAAAACCCGAAUGCAUCAUUAAAUCGAUCGGAAGUCCGGCUGGGAUUAUACAAUUAAAACAGAGCUAUGGAGCGUGGAUGAUGGAUCUCGCCAACAGAAGCGAUGAAAAAAUUUGGAUUGCUGAACAUUUUGCAGGCCAUAUAAUUAAAGAAUACGAGAACAUAGCUGCUCUGCAGAACAACAGCUACAGCGCCAUUGAGCUCCCGUGGCAAUAUUACGGCUGUGGCCACGCUGUCUACAACAACACCCUGUACUACCAGCGUGUGGGACGUAACAUUAUUGUGAAAUAUGACUUUGCGACGGCAUCAUCCCAAACCUUCUCCAUCAAAAAUGCCUGGUACUUUGAACGCAUGUACCUCUUCAGUGUUUCCAAAUCCUAUUUCAGCGUCGCCGUGGAUGAAAACGGACUGUGGGUGAUGUACCUCUCGAGGCCUGAUGAGCAUAUCAUGGUGGCGCACGUCGAAGAGGAGACUUUUUCGGUGCAGCGGCAUAUAAACACUACCUACCCCCAGUCCAAGGCUGGCAAUGCGUUCAUUGCCUGUGGGGUGCUGUAUAUCACUGAUAAGCAGCACAUGCACGUGACAUUUGCUUAUGACCUCUUGAGGGAACAGCAGCUGGACACCAGCUUUGAGUUAAAACUGUCGUUAUCUGAUGCAAACUUUGUCUCCAAAGUGUCCCCGCCUAAGCAGAACAGUUCAACCUUUGUGCCUGUCCUUGCAAUGCUCUCCUAUAAUCUGCUGGAUAAGCAUCUUUACACAUGGGAGCAUGGCUUCUUAAUGCAAUACCCUGUUCAUUUUCUCAGCUGAGCACCUUUGGUGCCAAAUGAUGAAGUCCGCCUGGUCCUCUUUGCCUCCGUUAAACAGUCAUUCACAUUGGAAAUUUCACUCUCCAACCUUUCAGUAAAAUAAUGCCCAUCUCUGAUUCAAGGAGAGUCACAACCAUGUGUGUACAAAGAGGCAGGUUAUUGCAAUCCUUUGUGUGUCCAGCAUGUUUGUUGAGAUUAUGUAGACUUCUUUGGCUUUAUAGAACAAAGGCUGCUUAUUGUUGUAGUUAAUGGUGCAUGCCAGCACAACCCAAUAAGGCUUUUGUUUAUUGCUCACAGAGGGGCUGCACCGUGGGUAGGACUGUCAAAUGCAAGUGUUUCCAACAGCCUCAGUAAUGGAGUCACAUGGCUUCUCAUCAAAGCAGUGGAGAGGAUUUGCCUUUUGUUUUCCCACUUCAUUUGGGAAUUUUUGCUGUUACUGGGGUCCCGUUACCACCAGGGGCUGAGAGGGAUAGAAUUCCAGAGAUGACAAACUUCAGGACUUAACCCUUUGAACACAUCUAAAAAUCUGCAGGCCACAUGUAGUCUCAUGACCUACAUUUGAAGCACUCUUAUGCUGCUUUAAACAGUCAUGGCUUCCUCCAAAGAAUCCUGGGAACUGUAGUUUGUUAAGGGUGCUGAGGGUUGCAUCUCUUUGAGGGGUCUCCUAACAAUUAACUCUCUACAUCCUUAACAUACUCAGGAUUCUUUUGGGAAAGCCAUAACUCUUAGUGGCACAAGAACGCUUUAACCUACCUAGCUCAGGUUUUAUGAUGAAUUAUUAUGGGUUUGUUCUCUGUAUGGUUUACUUUUACGUGCACUGCUUAGAAAUGCUAACGAUUAAGCAGCCUAUAAAUGCCUCAAAUAUCUCACAGAGGGAAAAUCGGCCCAGUCAGCAGGGAUGCACAGCGGCACUAUCAAAUGCUCGAGGCCGUGUCCAAUAUCCUUUUUCUACUAGUACAAGGGCUCAUGGGUUUUAAAGUUGCACAGCAAAGCAUUCCAAUGCAACGGAAACUCGCUGUGCAUCAGAUGUCAAAAUAUCUUGCGCAACAAUGUUGCCAGGAACCUGCUUAUGCAUUCUUUUGCACCAUAAUGUUCUGCUGCUGCAAAACAUUUUGCCAGCGGAACAAGUCUACUGUUAGCUAACUUAGCGCUACAUUGGCUACAGCUCUUAAUUUACGGGGGGGGGAAGGGAGGAUGUUCUUUAGAUGGUAAUGUGUAUUACUUUAAAUGCUCUUAUAGGUCAUAUAGUCCAUCUGAAGUGUCCCUUACGGAAGGAGUACCUUUAGCCCUCCAUAUGUUGCUGAACUACAACUCCCAUCAUAGAAUCGUAGAGUUGGAAAGGGCCUAUAAGGCCAUCAAGUCCAACCCCCUGCUCAAUGCAGGAAUCCAGAGCAAACCAAAUCAGCCCCAGCAAUGAUGGCCAAUGGCCAGGGGUUAUGGGAGUUGUAAUUCAAGCAGGAGAUGCAGAUUUUGUUUAGACACCAAAUUGUUUGUAGGCCCUGGGAGCAUGUCAUUGUUUGCACGAGGACUGUGGGUAAUUCAUAGGACUUGGGGAACAAGAUCAUUAUCACAGAGAGAGAGAGAGAGAACACCUUGAUGUUCUAGGAUGCAUUUGACUGUCCAUAUGUCUAAAACUGGACCUAUACCAUUCUUUGCCUUUUCUCCAUGAAGCAUGCAAGAAUGCCCACCCUCCAGAAUGGAGAUGGGCAAAUGUGGCCCUACAGGCCUCUUUAUCUGGCCCUUGAGGCUCUCCCCGGCCACACCCCUCAUCCAGCCCUGCUUUGCAUUCUCCUUGGGUGCACGUUUGCCUGGCUGGAACGUGCCCUUGUACUCUAAUAAACGGCUCUUGCUUACCUGGAUGGAGAAUAGAGAGAGGAGUGUGAAUAAACUAGCCUUCUGUAACAAAGGUAAAAUCCACAUUUCUUGCUCUGCCCACCACUGGCAUAUGGCCCCCAGAAGGCUGCCCAGGAGGGAAUGUGGCCCCCAGGCUGAAAAAGUUUGCCCGCCCCUGCUUUAGAAAUUGCUGCAUUCCAACUGCCAUCUCCAGGAAGGAAUGGCUGUACCUCAAACUCUUGGGGCAAUUGUUGCUAUGAAACACUGCAACGCCUCAUUGAGGGGGAAGGACCAUAGCUCAGGGACAGAGCAUCUGCUUUACAUGCAGAAGAUCCCAGGUUCAGUUCCUGGCAUCUGGUAGGCCUGGGAGAGAGUCCUCUUUGAAGUCCUGGAAAGCCACUGCAGAUCAGUGUAGAGAACACUGAGUGAGAUGGACCAAUGGUCUGACUCAGGUUCCUCAUUCCACUCACAGUGAGAUGCGAGCAACAGGGCUCUAGGGAGUUCCAUGAAAUAAAAGGAUUUUAUUUAACUUAAAGGUAAAGCUAACAAAUGACAUUUUGCUUUCUUUUCAUAUACAUACUUCACAGCUUGCAAUUAAAAUUGCCUUUAGACAAAGGUGCAUUUUAUCCCCCCAUAUUUUUUUUUCUGUUUUAGAAUACAGCACAGACACAAAAAAAUCUCGUUGGAGGGAAAAAAAAUACAAUUUGUUAACAUUUAAAUACAUAGACAUCAGCUGCGCUAUCUUAGUAGAGAACGUGUCUUUCUGUUUAACAACAGAGAAAAAUACAUCUAAAUAUGACAAACAAUAGCUGGUAUAUUACAAGCAAACAAUGUUGACCUCUGCAUAGUUUAUACAAUAUGCCACGGAAACAGUUUUAGAGUACCAAUUUUGUCAACUAUUUACUAGCUGGCCACAUGUAAGCCUGACAUUCAUCUGAAAUGUGGCAUUGGACGGCGUCUAUCAGUAGCUUCUUCUACAGCUUCAUUUAACAAAGAUCUGUUAGGUUUUUCUGCAUAAAAUAAAAAUCAGAACUCAAAAGCAUGACUAGAAAGAGGUUCCUGUUCACAACAAACACGUAGUGCUCACAAUUACAUUCC